AUGGACAACGGUAUUCUCCAGGUCACGUUAUCAGUUCCCGGGGGAAUUGUCAGUGGAAUACGGUACAAAGGUCUGGACAAUUUGCUUGAAAUUCUUAAUGAAGAGGAAAAUAGAGGAUAUUGGGAUACCGUAUGGAACGAACCUGGACGAGACAUAAUCUUUGACAGGAUGGAAGGAAGUGCUUUUAAGGUCAUAAUGAACAAUACGAAGCAAAUUGAGCUUUCAUUCACAAGAGCAUGGAACUACUCCCUCAAGGGCAGAGUCAUUCCCUUGAAUAUAGACACAAGGUUUAUAAUGCUGCACGAUAGCCCCGGUUUCUACUGUUACGGCAUUUACGAGCAUUUACAAGGAUGGCCUGAUUUCAACAUUAACGAAACCAGAAUGGGUUUCAAACUUCGGCAGGAUAAGUUUCAUUAUAUGGCCAUAUCAGACUGGAGGCAACGGAUCAUGCCCAUGCCGGAAGAUCGAAAAACGGGUCAACCUCUAGCCUAUCCAGAAGCAGUUCUUUUAACACAUCCAAUCAACCCAAACCUCAAAGGAGAGGUGGAUGACAAGUACCAGUAUUCUGUCGAGGUCAAGGACAAUCAAGUACACGGUUGGAUAUCUGCAGAUCCUACAAUAGGCUUCUGGAUGAUUACACCAAGUAAUGAAUUCCUUACAGGUGGGCCUCUUAAGCAGGAUCUCACCUCCCACGUGGGUCCCACCACUCUCUCAAUGUUCAUCAGCGCUCACUACUCUGGGGAGAAUAUAGGGCCCAUGUUCCGAAACGGAGAGCCAUGGAAGAAAGUUUUCGGACCUGUUUUUAUAUAUCUUAAUUCUCUCCCACUCGGUGAAGAUCUACACACACUAUGGCGCGACGCCAAAAAACAGGCGUCAAUCCAAAUCGCAAGCUGGCCAUAUAGCUUUCCUGCAUCAAAGAAUUUCCCUUCUUUGGAUCAAAGGGGCAGAAUUAGUGGUCGAUUACUGGUCGAGGAUAGGUACAUCAGUGGCAGUGAGCAGUUUUCGGCAAGAUUUGCUUAUGUUGGACUAGCCCCGCCUGGAGAUGUAGGAUCAUGGCAAACCGAAUGCAAGGGAUACCAGUUUUGGACCAAAUCUGACGCUAAUGGGUAUUUCACCAUUGAUCAUAUUCGAACCGGAGUUUACAAUCUUUAUGCAUGGGUACCUGGGUUUAUCGGGGACUACAAAUAUGAAGCCAUUAUCACAAUAACUCCAGGAUGCAAUACAAGUCUGGGCAAUCUCGUAUAUAAAGCACCAAGAGCUGGUCCAACCUUGUGGGAGAUCGGCAUCCCAGACCGUUCUGCAUCUGAGUUCUACGUUCCUGACCCUAAUCCUAAGUACAUCAAUAAAUUGUAUACCGUCCACAACAAAUCAACUCCUGUUGACAAAUUUAGGCAGUAUGGACUGUGGGAGAGGUACGCCGACUGUUACCCCCACGAAGAUCUGGUCUAUACCGUCGGUAGUAGCGACUACCGGAAUGAUUGGUUCUUUGCACAUGUCUCCAGGAAGACGGGGAAUAAAACAUACCAACCAACCACAUGGCGGAUUACAUUUAAACUGGAGGCCAUGAACCAACCCCAAAAUGGAAAUUACACACUACGUUUGGCUCUUGCAUCAGCGACCCAAGCGGAAGUACAAGUUCGGUUCAACAAGCCAAACUUGCGUCGUCCUCAUUUUACCACUAAGCUUAUAGGCAGAGACAACGCCAUUGCUAGACAUGGGAUCCAUGGGUUGUACAGAUUGUUCAAUAUUACAGUAAGGAGCGAGUGGCUUGUAAUUGGAGGAAACAACACCAUAUUCUUGACUCAAUCAAGACAUUUGAGCCCGUUCUUUGGUGUCAUGUAUGAUUACAUUCGUUUGGAAGGACCUUCAACUGGAAUUAAUGUUUUAGGAUAUUGAUCAGCUUAUA